GGAAAAUGUUCAAGCAAUACUAUAGCUAGAUGCAGACAGCGAUAGGAAACAAUGGAUCUAGCUGAAGAAUGAAAACAUAUCUCCCCAUCUUGUCCUCAGUGGUUUUAUCCUCAAUGUCUGCUACAGCAAGCCCCCGUGCCUCUGGAGCAUCUGGUAACGUGCUAGCGUCUGGAUACGGUUCAGACCUAGUGUUUUAUUCCCUCACAGAUGGAGUUUUGUCCAGGGAGGGAUCCCAGAUCGUAGAUCCUAACCUAACAUGGAUGGAGCAGGAGGGAGAAUCAUUCUUUGCCACUCAUGAAACAAAUGAUUUUGAAGGAGAGUCCGGUGGCGCGAUCAGUCGAUGGGAGAUGGAAAGCGGACAGUUGGUGAGAAGAGAACAUGUUAGUUUGCAAAGUAAUGGACCUGCUCACUUUAUACUUGAUCUUGAUCAUAACCUAGCAAUUACAGCUAAUUAUGGUGGUGGCUCUGUAACAGUUGUUACUCUAGAAGAUGGACAACUGGGUGCAGUGAUUCAGAAGAUAGAAUAUGAGGCCUGCCGAGACAAUUCACACCCACAUCAAAUAGUACGCAAGGGAGAUUUAGUUUGGGUGGUGGAUUUGGGAUGUGACAGUAUCUAUCAUUAUAGAAUAAAUGGAAACCAGCUGGAGAGGACAGGAGAGACUGUGGUAGAGGAUGGAGCGGGUCCUCGACAUAUGGUUCUUCAUCCCACGGACAACUUGGCGUUCUUAGCCUGGGAGCUGAAGAGCGCUGUUGAAGUUUACGCUUAUGAUGGGGAAACUGGGGAUCUGCUACUGUUACAAAAGCUACCCUUCUCCUCUACUGAUUCUGAUGUUGGAGCAGAGAUUUUGGUCGGUCCUACUACUCCUAAAGGACCAACAGUGUAUGCUACAAGCAGAGGAAGUGGUAUAGUUGCAGUUUAUCAGCUGGAUAGUACCGGAGCAUAUGAGUUGACCCAAGAGUUUAACCUAGAGGGAUCCUGGCCCAGAUCUAUAGCCAUCAAAGAAGACAUAAUGCUAGCAAUAGAUAAAGUUGGAGGGACAAUACAGGUGGUUUACAUCGGUCAAAGUGGGCCAAUGGAAGGAAAGCUUUCCGCUGGACCAGUUCUGGAGGCAUUUUCUGGAGUAGCUUAUGUCAUGUUCUAUGAUUAGAAAUAUAAUUAGUCUAAUCAGUUCUUUUUAGUAUUUUCACCAUUAAAUAGUUUCGCAAAAUUUU